AUGUGGACGCUGGCACUAGCGGUGGCUCUCCUGGGGGCUGCCCAGGCCUGUCUCCUCUGCCGCCUCCCAGCGCACGGCCUGUCGGGCCGCCUGGCGUGGCUCUGCAGCCAGAUAGAGGCCCAGUGGAAGGACUGCGAGGCCUCCUGGAACUUCUCCACCUUCGCCCUAGAUGAGGUGUCCAUGAACAAAGUCACGGAGAAGACACACAGGGUCCUGAGGGUCAUGGAGAUCAAAGGCUCCUUCUCCUCGCUCCCUCUCUAUUGGCAAUGGCUUCACCAGACCAGGCUCCCUGAGUACGACAGGGAAGCUCUCUGCAGCCCCGCCUGCUGGGGCAGCACCAUCCUGUACAACUGCUCCACCUGCGUGGGCUUUGAGGUGCUCUGCUGGCCCCAGAAGCGCUGCUUCCCAGGAAGCCACGAUCUCCAGGAAGCCAGGAUUCUGCUCCUCUGUGUCUUUGGGACCGUCCUGCUCCUGGGCGGCCUUAGCCUGGUGGUGGAGCUCCACUUCCUUGAAGCAAAAAGCAACUUACGAAGAUCCUAG